AAUCAUUUAUUUUCUGCCUCCUCUAAUUCUCUCUCAUCCAUCGAUCCAUACAUACCCAACCCAACUAUAGAGUCAAUCGUUUUCUUAAUUCUACCACAUGCAUUUUUCAAAACUCCGUCCAUGUGGAGUAUUUAUAAAAACCCUCACCCUUCCUUCUUUUUCUUUGUAAUAAUCCAAGACUCUCUCUCUCUCUCAAAUCCUAUAUACAAAUAAAUUUUGAAAGUGGCUAUUGGAGAAUCAAUGGAUGUAAAAGGAAGAGGAAGCAACAACAAAAACAACCUUAUGAGUAGUGAUGAGGAUGAUAUGGACCUUAGAAGAGGUCCUUGGACCGUGGAUGAGGACUUAACCCUCAUGAAUUACAUUGCUACUCAUGGUGAAGGUCGUUGGAAUACCCUCGCCAACUCUGCUGGUCUCAAGCGAACGGGAAAGAGUUGCAGAUUGAGGUGGCUUAAUUAUCUCCGUCCAGAUGUCAGACGUGGAAAUAUCACACUUGAAGAACAACUUUUGAUUCUCGAGCUCCAUACUCGUUGGGGUAACCGAUGGUCGAAAAUAGCCCAAUAUUUACCAGGAAGAACGGACAAUGAAAUAAAAAAUUAUUGGAGAACUCGUGUUCAAAAGCUUGCCAAACAACUCAAAUGCGACGUGAAUAGCAAGCAAUUCAAGGACACCAUGCGCUACCUUUGGAUGCCAAGGCUAGUCGAACGUAUUCAAGCCGCCGCUGCUGCCACUACCACCACCACCCACAAUACCACAAUGACAUACUUCAUGAAUUUAUCGAGUUCACAACCACAUAUGACAGCAAAGUUUCAACUCCAACAAUUAUAAACUAUGAAUUUAUGAGUUCACAACCACCAUAUGACACAAAGUUAUACCCUAGAGAACAGCAACACAACUGCAUCAUCAGAUUCAUUUGAGAAUAAGGUGUCAACAUUAUCGGAUUUGGGUGAUAAUAAUUAUUAUUGUACAAGUGUUAGUAAUAAGAAUAACCCUAAUGCUAAUUCAAAUUAUUAUCAACCUUCUCAUCAACUUAGCUUCUCGGAUUGUAUCACAAGCCCGUCUGGAUUGUUUUCUCAAGGAUUAAUGGAUUUCCAAUCCAUGGAGCCAAACACCACGUGGAUGCAAAGUGGGGACUCAUCUGACAUUUUUUGGAAUGCUGAGAACAUGUUGUUUUUACAGCAACAACUCAUGAACGAUACAAUGUAAAAACAAUUCAUUAAUGGGACUAUAGGAGAAGGACAUUUGAUAAUAAAAAAAAAAAAAA